AUUAGGGUUGGGGUCAGGGUUGCGAUUUGUUUUAAAUCGGAGGGGUUUAGGGCUUUUCGGAGGGUUGGAGCUCUCGGCAAUGGAGACCGCGGGGAAGGCCAGGAAGAAGAACGGCACGCGAGAGGGCCAGUUCCGGCACGCCCUCGACAUGUGCGCCAAGACCGGCGACCUCGCCGGUGCCCUCGCCCUCUACGAGUCCGCCGCCGCCGAGAACCACCGCCUGUCCGCUUACCACUUCAACUCUCUCCUCCACAUCAUCUCCACCUCCAUCGAGACCCUCGACGAGCCCUCCAAGAAAUCCUCCAUCGACACCAGCUUCGCCAUCUUCGACCGGAUGGCCGCCAACGGCGCUACCCCCACCGAGGCCACCAUCACCUCCAUGGCCCGGAUCGCCGCCCAGAGGCCCGACGGCGGCGCCGACCUCGCAUUCGAUCUGGUCAAGACCAUGGGGGAGCGGUACGGCGCCACUCCCAAGCUGAGGACCUAUAGUCCGGCGCUCUUCGCCUUUUGCCGGAGAUUGGAAGCCGAUAAGGCGUACGCCGUGGAAUAUCACAUGGUCUCGAUGGGCGUCGUGCCGGAGGAGCCGGAGAUUGCGGCUCUGCUGGAGGUGAGCGCCAAGGUGGGGAGGGAGGAGAAGGUAUAUGGGUACUUGCACAAGUUGAGAGGCAGUGUCGGAUGUGUGGCUGGCCCCACGGCAGAGAUUUUGGAGGGGUGGUUCAGAAGCGAGCGGGCAAUGGAGGUUGGGAGAUCGAAUUGGGAUGCCGGCAGGGUAAAAGAUGCAAUUUUGAUGAAUGGCGGUGGCUGGCAUGGGCUCGGAUGGUUGGGGGAGGGGGGAUGGGAUAUUUGUCAUGUCACUGUAAGCUCCGAGGGGGAUUGCUCUGGUUGUGGGCAGAGGUUGGCUUGUGUGGAUAUCGAUCGAAUGGAGACAGAGAAGUUUGCAGUAUCUGUGGCUAGUUUGGCUCUGGGAAGGGAAAGCAAAUCCAAUUUCAGGAAUUUUCAGGAAUGGUUGGAAAAGCACAGUGAGUAUGAAGCUAUAAUUGAUGGGGCAAAUGUUGGGCUUUAUCAGCAGAAUUUUGCAGAUGGUGGAUUCAGUUUGUCUCAGCUAGAUGCUGUUGUACGAGAACUAUUUGAAAGAAGCCAGGGCAGAUGGCCACUCAUUAUACUGCAUAAUAAGCGUGCUCUAGCACUCAUGGAAAAUCCUUCAAAUAGGCAGAUACUUGAGAAGUGGAGAGCUGAAGGGGCAUUGUACACAACACCAACUGGAUCAAAUGAUGAUUGGUACUGGCUCUAUGCAGCAGUGAAGCUCAAAUGUUUGCUUGUGACAAAUGAUGAGAUGAGAGAUCAUAUAUUUGAGCUCCUAGGACGGUCCAUUUUCCCCAAAUGGAAAGAGCAUCAUCAAGUAUAUACUUCAAAACACUUAAAAAUUAUUCUCUCUCUCUCUCUCUCUCUCACACACACACACACA